AGUUGGGGUGCGGGUGGCUGGGGGUGCGGAGAGACCGGCCUACGCAACGCGCUACGGUCGCUUCGGGUCCCGACACUCGGCGGUAAACCCAGAGACCUAGGCUCCAGUUUUCUCCAGCUGGUUGGGUUGAUUCCCGUCGUAACUUAAAGGGAAACUUUCACAAUGUCCGGAGCCCUUGAUGUCCUGCAAAUGAAGGAGGAGGAUGUCCUCAAAUUCCUUGCAGCAGGAACCCAUUUAGGUGGCACCAACCUUGACUUCCAAAUGGAACAGUACAUCUACAAAAGGAAAAGUGAUGGCAUCUACAUCAUAAAUCUGAAGAGAACCUGGGAGAAGCUUCUGUUGGCAGCUCGUGCCAUUGUUGCCAUUGAAAACCCAGCUGAUGUCAGUGUCAUAUCCUCCAGGAAUACUGGCCAGCGAGCUGUGCUGAAGUUUGCUGCUGCCACUGGAGCCACUCCUAUUGCUGGCCGCUUCACUCCUGGAACCUUCACUAACCAGAUCCAGGCAGCCUUCCGGGAGCCAAGACUUCUGGUGGUUACUGAUCCCAGGGCUGACCACCAGCCUCUCACAGAGGCCUCUUACGUUAACCUGCCUACCAUUGCUCUGUGUAACACAGACUCUCCUCUGCGGUAUGUGGACAUUGCCAUCCCAUGCAACAACAAGGGAGCUCACUCAGUGGGUCUGAUGUGGUGGAUGCUCGCCCGGGAAGUCCUGCGCAUGCGCGGCACCAUCUCCCGUGAACACCCGUGGGAGGUCAUGCCUGAUCUCUACUUCUACAGAGAUCCUGAAGAGAUUGAAAAGGAAGAGCAGGCGGCAGCUGAGAAGGCUGUGACCAAGGAGGAAUUUCAGGGUGAAUGGACUGCUCCAGCUCCUGAGUUCACUGCUGCUCAGCCUGAGGUGGCAGACUGGUCCGAAGGUGUGCAGGUGCCCUCUGUGCCUAUUCAGCAGUUCCCCACUGAAGAUUGGAGUGCUCAGCCUGCCACUGAAGACUGGUCUGCAGCUCCCACUGCUCAGGCCACUGAGUGGGUAGGAACGACCACUGAGUGGUCUUAAACUGUUCUUCCACAAACUCUUAAAAUGGAAAUAGGUUGAUGGAAAAUAAAGUUUCUAAAAAUUGUGUCCA